AAACUACUAUUGAUUACAACUGAUGGUAGAUGUUUAAUAGGACAUCUACAAGGUUAUGAUAAUAACUCAAAUAUUAUUCUUUCCCAAUCAUUUGAGAGAGUUUUCAGCUCAGAUCAAGGCGUCCAAACGGUUGAUUUAGGUCUGUACCUAAUUAAAGGUGAUAACUUAGUAUGCGCUUCAGAGAUAGAUACCACGAUUGAUGAUCAAAAUGAAUGGUCAAACGUUAAAGCUGAUCCUAUA